GAACUAUCAGGGAUUUAGAUAUGAGUUUAGACGAUAUCGUCAAGAAAAAGAAAACUUCUGGAGCUGGCUUCAAACGUCGUGGUUCAGCUAAACCUCGCGGUGGAUUCAGAAAGCAGCACGGACAUUCCAAACCAGCUGAAUACCGCUCUUCUACUUCAUUCUCUAAAAGACCUACAACGAAUAGACCACGAGAACCACGCCAGCCACCAGCUGGAGAAAGGGAGAAUCAAAUUAAGAUGACAAACGUUCAUUACGAAAUCAGUGAAGAAAUGCUUGGUAAUAUAUUCAACGGUUAUCAAGUCACAAAGUUGCGUAUUAGGUAUGAUAAGAGUGGUAGAAGUACCGGAGAAGCUAUCGUCGCCUUUGAGAGUUCAGAAGACGCAGAUAGAGCGAUUGAAGAGUUCAAUGGCAAGACAGCUAAGGAUCAGAUUAUUAACGUAGAGCCAUAUGGAUACUUCACUGUUGACCCACCUUCACAUGCUGGUGCUUCAAGUGGAGACAAUGCAGGUUCAUUGUUAAGUAGAUUAGGUAGUAAAGUAAAUCCAGGGCCUGUUCCAACUGGACCAAGAGCUCAGAUAUCAAGGCGUUCAGUUAAGCAAUCCAAGCCAAAGAAAGCAGGUUUUAAUAAACCAAAGCCAGCUCCUAAAGAUGCAGAUUCCCUGGACAAAGAAUUAGAUGAAUUUAUGAAGAAACCAACAGAGAAUGAUAAUACAGAAGAUACAGAAAUGUCAUAAAUAAACGUUUUGUAAUUUAUUUUAGUCUUGCUCCUCGUCGAUCACCAUAAGAUAGAUACAUGAAUGACACUCCCAGC